UAGACGAGUUACGUUUUGCAGAUUCUGUCAUGAACAAAGUUACAGAGAAAUCAAGGCAAAGAGAGGCAGAAAUGUACCGGGUGAAAGAUAAAUCGGACAGAGCAACUGUCGAACAAGUGUUGGACCCAAGAACCCGAAUGAUUCUGUUCAAGAUGCUAACGAGAGGUGUGAUAUCUGAGAUCAAUGGCUGCAUCAGCACAGGGAAGGAGGCUAAUGUGUAUCAUGCCAGCACCGCAGAUGGAGAAAACAGGGCAAUAAAGAUAUAUAAAACCUCUAUUCUGAUGUUUAAAGACCGGGAUAAGUAUGUGAGCGGAGAAUUCAGGUUUCGCCAUGGAUACUGUAAAGGGAAUCCUAGAAAAAUGGUCAAGACGUGGGCAGAGAAAGAAAUGAGGAAUUUAACCAGGUUACAUGUAGCACAGAUUCCAUGCCCAGAACCCAUUAUGCUCAGAAGCCAUGUUCUUGUUAUGGGCUUUAUUGGAAAAAAUGACAUGCCUGCCCCUUUGUUGAAAAAUGCCCAGUUAUCAGACACAAAAGCUCGGGAGUCGUACCUGCAAGUCAUACAGUAUAUGAGAAGAAUGUAUCAGGACGCGAGGCUUGUUCAUGCAGAUCUCAGCGAAUUUAAUAUGCUGUAUCACAGCGGGGAGGUAUAUAUCAUAGACGUGUCCCAGUCUGUGGAGCAUGACCACCCACACGCUUUGGAGUUCCUGAGGAAAGACUGUGCCAAUGUUAAUGACUUUUUCCGAAAAUACAGGGUUGCGGUGAUGACCGUGAGAGAACUUUUUGACUUCGUGACAGAUCCGUCCAUUACAAGCAAGAACAUGGAUGCUUAUUUGGAAAAAGCAAUGGAAAUAGCAUCCCAGAGAACAGAGGAAGAAAGGUCUAAUCAAGAUAAUGUGGAUGAAGAGGUGUUCAAGAAAGCCUAUAUCCCUAGGACACUUACUGAAGUUAAAAAUUAUGAGAGGGACGUGGACAUCAUGAUGAAGUUGAAAGAAGAAGAUUCAGCCUUGAACGUGCAGCAGGAUAACAUUCUCUACCAGACAGUUACAGGGUUAAAGAAGGAUUUAUCGGGUGUUCAAAAGGUCCCUGCUCUGCUUGGCAACAAAGAAGAAACCGAAUCUGAUUCAGAGGAUGAUGGUAGUUCGGACCACUCCAAAUCGGCCUGUAAAGAACAGGAGGAGUCCGUGCAUCCUAAAGAUCAGCCAGCUGAGACAGGCUUGGAUAAAAAGGAAAGGAAAAAGGCGACUAAAGAGGCUCAGCGAGAGAAGAGGAAAAGCAAGGUCCCAAAGCAUGUAAAGAAACGAAAAGAGAAGACGGCAAAAAUGAAGAAGGGCAAAUAAAUGCCAGUUGACUUUUUAGUGCGGUGUUAGCCACUCAUGUCUUUACGGGACAAUAUUUUGGGAGCAGAAGAUUCACCUUGUUCACCUUGGGAAUCACAAAUGUCCAUUUGGGCCGGCCACGCUGGUCAUGAGGCAGUUGACCCUCAGUCCUUCCGUAGGUUCAUGCCUGUAGUAGUCAAUAACACUCAUUGACAGUGGGUUGAACCCAAUGGCAAAUUUCCACUAAUGGAAAGCAGGGGAGUAAUGAUUUUUACCAGUUACCCCCUCCCACUGCAGACCCCCAAUUUGCCCACUGCGUUUUUUUCUGUCAUCUCUUGCAUACAUUUUAAGCUUCCCUGGAAGGAACAAAGGUGAUAAAAGUUCCACGUUGCUCAUAGAAUUCCCUUCUGUCUGUUGAAAGUUGCUGGAUUCAACCAGCAUAUUCACGGAAAGAUUUUUUUACUGGGAAUUUUCGGCCAGUACAGAGAAAUUUAUUCAACUUGUGUUUUAGUUACGUAGCACUGUGAACAUCUCUAAUGGUGCUGUAUGUCCACCAAAAUCCUUUACUUCCAUGUUCAACAGAUAUACAUAAUUAUUUACAUAUAUGUAUGUAAAUACAUAUGUAUGGGGAUAUAUCGUUUAAUCUCAUGCAUUUUAAAUUAUCAACUACA